AUCAUGUCUGGACGCGGCAAGCAGGGCGGCAAGGCGCGCGCUAAGGCCAAGACUCGCUCGUCGCGAGCAGGCCUGCAGUUCCCCGUGGGCCGAGUGCACCGGCUGCUGCGCAAAGGCAACUACGCCGAGCGGGUGGGCGCCGGCGCCCCGGUGUACCUGGCGGCCGUGCUCGAGUACCUGACGGCCGAGAUCCUGGAGCUGGCGGGCAACGCGGCCCGCGACAACAAGAAGACGCGCAUCAUCCCGCGCCACCUGCAGCUGGCCAUCCGCAACGACGAGGAGCUCAACAAGCUGCUGGGCAAAGUCACCAUCGCGCAGGGCGGUGUCCUGCCCAACAUCCAGGCCGUGCUGCUGCCCAAGAAGACCGAGAGCCACCACAAGGCUAAGUAAGGAAUACCGACUGCUGGCUCCUGGCUCUGUUCUCCACCCCCAUCCCCCGCCGUUGACUUCCAGCAAAUAAACUAAAGAGCACAACCACCUUCGGCUUUCCCCAACCCGAAGGCUACUCCCGAGGGUGGGUAACAAGUGAGAGCUCCCUGGGUGACUUCCUGCACCCGCGCGGUGCCCCAUACGCCUGGGCCAACCAACCCAGAUCCAAAUCCCAGGUACCACAUCGCGACCCUAAGCACAGCCUGAGCAACAGAGCCAGAACUAAGCCCUGAGCACCGGAAAUGCCUCUUAUGCAAACACACAAGGAGGUUUCAACGGGAAGGUGAAUAUCAGAUUUAGAGUCUGGGAUCCCAGAUCUUUGCUGAAACUCCAGACAAACAGCUACACCCGGAUAAAAUCACCCCAGGAUCAGAGGAGAUGGAGGAAUAAAGCACAAGGACCAGAGGAAGUGCGAACAGAACAGUAAGAGAGACUCAGGUGAAGGCAAAUGAAAUGGGUCCAGAAA